GUCAGGUCGUUAGUCAGUCUGCAGCGCGGCGGACACACCGAGCCAUGAUAACACACACUGUGGACGGAAUGUUAGCGAAACCCUGACUUUUCUUGUUUUUCGGCAUCAGGACACACGUUAAGGAGCUUAUUUUUUUUCUUCUUUUUUAAAAAAAUGCGUGGGCUGUGUGCGGGGAGCAGCGGUUUCGGUGCGGUGUUGUUGCUGCUGUGUUUGGUCCUCUCUCCAGUCUGCUCUAUCACAGUGACAACACCAGCAGAGCGUCAUGCAUCUAAAGGCGAUGCAGUCCUAUUGUCCUGCACUUUCACUUCCACCAACAGGAUGACCAGCAAGAUGUCUGUUGACUGGUCUUAUAGGCCCCAGAGUGGCGGACGUCCAGAGACAUUUUUUCACUUUUCCUCACAGGUGUUUUAUCCAACUGAGGGUCAGUUCCGUGGUCGAAUCCAAUGGCAAGGAAGACCGGCACAUGGGGAUGCUUCUAUUCUUCUGAUAAAUGCAACCUUAAACGAUAAUGGGACAUACACUUGUUCCGUCAGAAAUCCUCCUGAUGUUCAUGGGUCUCCAACUUCACAAACAGUGCUCACCGUCACAAACAAACCGGCCAGCAUUCGUUUCUCUGAUGUGGCAGUCCUCCUCACUUUAGUCCUCCUGCCCUCUGCUGUCAUCACACUCAUUCUCAUUGGAAAGAUGUUGUGUCCCACCAAACAGCACAACCAAUCAAAGAGCUCCAGAUCACCCAUAGAGGUCACAGAGGGGGAGGUGUAUGGCUUCAGUUCACCGAAGACCAGAGAGAGCACAACAUGCUGUGAUCUGUGUCUAAUGGACUUGGAGGAUGAAGAGUUCUACAACAUAAAAAGCGAGCAUGCUUUGGAAGAAGGCUUUGCUGAGUCUCGCUGCUAGAGAUUCCUGCUGUCUGGAAGAUGUAACAGCAGCGUUUGUACCCGCUGCCUGUCGGUGGGGGGUCACUGAACAGAAAAGACUUUAGAUUUAUUUCUCUUGUGCCACGUUCAGUCACAAACCCUGUCACAUUCCCAUUGUUUUCUUUGUUGGAGUUUACUUCUUGUGAUGACCUCACUGAAGUGUAGAACUCUUAUUUUUUAUUUUCACUUCAAACAGUGAGGUUAUGAUUUUGGUGGGUUUGUUCCAUGGUCUGUAGACAGGAAACCUGUGAAGUUAACAUUCUUUUGAGGGGGGACAUUUUAGGGAUUAUGUCCAUCGAAAUCCCCAUUUUCUUGAACACUUGCGGAUGUGUUUGUGUUGAGUCACACGCUCGGACUGACGUGUCUCACUGGAUAUUUGUCUCAUACAAAUUAGUACAUUGUUUGUCUGUAAUCUGCAAUACACUUUUUGUUUUUCCGUAUGUAAAACAAAGUGGGGGCGGGGGGAGCAGAGGUCUGAAUGCUUAAGUUUUUGAGGUUGAGAUCAUGAGAUGUUUCUUUUUUGCACAGACCUGCAGCUUAUACUUUGUGGGACAGGUGAUGAAUGUACCCACACAUAAAAACAUACACAGACAAGCAUUAAAUCAAUAUAUUUUUAAAUAAUUUAUAAUGCCACUUUAACAUAUCUUAUUGUGAAGGAGAUACUAAUUUAUUGCAUGAAAUGUUAUUUUCAGUUAUUAAUGAAAUAUUUAUCGUAAUUUUUUUUUUUUUUUUUUUUUUCCACCACUUAACGCUAUUUAUGUAGAGUAGCAUGUGUAUAUAGCUGAUAAAUUGCCUAAUUGUGCUACUUGUGUGCCAUGACUUCAGCAUGGACACUGAAUGAGUGCGUCACCUUAUUGCUCAGUAUGACAUUCAUACUUUGUUGAUUUACUUUCAAGUGACCUUUGAUCGAUGUGGUUAUUUAAUUUGAUAAAUUUGUAUUGUUUUUGGAUUCACAUACUUUUUUAUUUUAGGAUAUUGUUGCAACAAACUAUUUUUAUAAAUCGAUAAAAUUAUCAAAUGAUUAUUCAAUGAGUCGUGUGUCCAUAAAAUGUCUAUUAGUUUUGCCUGGAAUGAUGCCUGGAAAUGUCUUUGUCCACAACACAGAAAUAUUCAGUUUACUGCCAGAUAAGAGUAAAGAAAAUAGUAAGAUAACCCAAAAUAUGUUUAAGAAGCUGAAAUAUGAGAAUUUGUAUAUUUAUUUAAAAUUCAACACACCAAUGAAGAAUCAAUUAUCAAAAUGUGUAAUUUAUUAGUCAAUCAAUUGUUGCAGCUCUAUUUGAGGAGUGAUUGUGUUUAUGAACUGUGUUUUUGUUUUUGUUUUUUGCACUGUUCUUCUGGGGAAAUAACCUUGAUUUUAUAAAAAGAUGGUUCCGAUAUGAUCCUCAUACCAGUUUUUUUUUUUUUGUUUUUUUUUUUUUUUUCUCUGUCUUCCUUCUUGCUUUCCUUUCUUGAACAGAGAAUUUGGUUGGGAAACUGGGAAGGCUUUCUUCGGUUCUCUUUUGUUGCACUAUUGCUCCAGAAUAUUUCCUUCAAAACUCUUCAGUGAUUCUGAGCGGCAGAUUCUGACUUCACUGCUGACUUACAGGAGCAACGGUCUCAUUUAUGCAGGGACUCCGCUUUGUAAGAACUAAUAAAACCCACCAAUGAACCCAUGUAAAUGACAAGUCC